AUGGGAAUUGUUAUGUCGAAAGUGUUUGCAGCUUUGUUUGGCAGUAAAGAGGUGCGAAUCCUCAUCUUGGGCCUCGAUAAUGCAGGCAAGACGACCAUUCUCUACCGUUUACAAGCCGAUGAGAUUGAAGAGACUGUGCCUACGAUUGGAUUUAAUAUGGAAACGUUGCAGUACAAGAAUAUCAAGUUUCAAGUGUGGGAUUUGGGUGGACAGACAAGCAUUCGACCUUAUUGGCGAUGUUAUUAUCCCAAUACAGACGCCAUUAUUUACGUCGUGGAUUCGGCCGAUGUUGACCGUCUUAAUAUUGCUAAACAGGAGCUACAUGCGAUGCUUGAGGAGGAAGAGUUAAAAGACUCGAUUUUGUUGGUGUUUGCUAACAAACAGGACCAAAAGGGGGCGUUGAAUGCAGCUCAGAUUUCCGAGGCGAUGGGGCUUUCAGACAUUCGCAACCGUCAAUGGUCUAUAAAGGAGACUACAGCAACACAAGGCUCGGGUCUCUUUGAAGGAUUCGACUGGAUCGUGACAUGCAUUAAGGGCGAGUAG